CGUGUCGCUGGUGGAUGACGUCAUCGCGGCGACGUGUCAGUCAUGGCUGCCGAUAUAACAUUAUUAUUCAAAGCGAGCGUGAAAACAGUGAAAACGCGCAAUAAAGCGCUUGGAUUGAUCGAGUCGAACAACAGAGACGAAACCAGCGCGAAGAGACCGAGACCGAGACCGAAGGAGAGAGACAGCUUCAGCAGUAGAGCUAGAGAAGUGAUUUCCAACAUCUCGAAGCUGAAGGAGUUUCUUCUGCAACACAGGAAGGAUUAUGUGAACGCCGGCAGUGUGUUGUGUUCAGAUGUGUCUCGGAUGACAGACAGCGAGAGGGACCAGAUUGAUCAGGAUGCUCAGAUCUUCAUGAGGAGCUGCGCCGACGCCAUCGCCCAGCUGCGCUCCGACAUGCACAAACAGCCUGUCUCAGCACAGGUGAAGGAUCAUCGUGCAGCAGUGCUGGAUCUGAUAGAGGCGUAUCUUAAAGGUGUGUGUAAACUAUAUUCUGAACAGAGAGCUGUACGUGUGAAGAGAGUCGUGGACAAAAAGAGACUAUCCAGAUUAGAACCAGAGCAGAUCAACAGCACACACCAGAGCGAUGGAGAGGAGAACAGCGAUAAACCAGUUUCAGACAGUAAUGUUGAUCUGUGGGAGGACAAUAGAGUUGAAGACGACCUUUCACCGGAGGAGAUACAGAUGUUCGAGCAGGAGAACCAGAGGCUGGUUGGUGAGAUGAACAGUCUGCUGGAUGAAGUCAGGCAGAUCGAGGGGAAGGUUGUGGAAAUCUCUCGACUGCAGGAAAUCUUCUCUGAGAAAGUCCUCCAUCAGGAGACUGAGAUCGACAGCAUUCAUGAACUGGUGGUUGGUGCAACAGAGAACGUGAAAGAAGGAAAUGAAGAUAUUAGAGAGGCCAUCAAGAACAACGCCGGCUUCCGCGUGUGGAUCCUCUUCUUCCUGGUCAUGUGUUCGUUCUCGCUGCUGUUUCUGGACUGGUACGACGGAUGACGGGGAGCCACGCCACUCAUAUGAAAUCAUAUUUAAUAAACAGCCUCAGUCCAAAGCUC